AUGGCCGACAAUGUAGGCCUCACCACCCCAAGAGGUAGCGGUACCUCGGGUUACGUACAGAAAAACCGAUCGCUCCUCAGACCACGCGACAAGAUUCAGCCCUACCCAAAAGACUGGGACCAAGCCAAACACCGCCCAAGGCAGCCAGACGCCGAGAUCCUUGAGCACGAAGCGAAGCGCGAAAUCGAAGUCAAGGUUCUCGAGCUGCGAGACAAGCUCGAAGACGAGGGUGUUGACGAGGACGAAAUCGAUGACCAGUGCGAAGCGUUGCGCCGCAAACUAGAUCAGGAGCGUAAGGACGGCAGAGACUUGGGACCGAAUGCAAAGCGACUCAAAUCGCAUCAGGUCCACGACCUGGCCAAGGCGAAGAUGGAAGAGAGCGAGAGGCUGCGCAAGGCACUGGGCAUCAGCGAAGACUACGAGGAGGGCAGUCACUGGAGGAAGCAGGAAGAAAGAAUGCGCGAAAGCCUUGCCAAGCGAGAAGCUGAAGAUGAGGAGAAACUUGAAAAGGCUAAGGAGGCCAGGCGAUACAAGGAAGAUGAUUCGGAAUAG